UGGCGCUUGGCGAGCCGAAGGGCGGUAGGGACCCGUGUUAUAGCCUCGUAGAGAUCUUGUCAGGCCGCCCCACCAGUUCCCAGAGUUCUUCUCCUGAGGCUUCCUCUGCCUUGACCCUGAGCAUGCCUGUCCUGAACCCCGGGGUCGGUAUGGAAGGCCGCCUUUGCGGCAAGAUCCCAGCUGCACAAAGGAACAGGAUUUUGGGUCGAUACUUUUAUAAAAUCAAUAUAAAUGGAUUACUGGAAAAGUGAAAACCUUAAAAGCGCUCAAAAUAUGAGCCUGCCUUUUUUUUUUUUUGGAUUAAAUAGAAAAUUUUUCUGUCAAACUGUUGUAAAUUUCUAAACAUUUGCUCUCAAUUUCCUUGCUUUCUUGUUUGCAAACUGGCAACAGUUUGCAAAGCAGCACCUGAGAUGCGGUACAAAUUCCUGGCUUUGCCACCUCCUAGCUGUGUGACUUGGGGAAGUUACAGUUAGUGUUUCCUUGCUGAUUUGCAGGGAAAGCCCAUAUGGCAAAGGCUGUUAACUACAGACAGAUAAAAGAGUUAUCAAGCAACAUGGAUCAUUACAAUAGCUAAAAUUAAUUGAAGGGUGUUCUUUGCUCAGGAUUUAGGCCUCACAGCAACCCUGUAGGGCAGAUUGCUAUUUUUUGUUUUUAAUUUCUCUAAUAGAUGAGGAAAUGGAGCUCAUACAAGUUAAGUAGGGCCCAAGGGGUAGCAGCAGCUAGUAAAUGGUGAAUACAGAAGAUGGACCCAGGUCUAUUUCAUGCUUUUUGCACUUGGGUGGCCUCCGCACUGCCUUGUACAACUACAUCUUUGCCAAGAAGCAUGGAGGGAGCUUCAUCCUGCGGCUGGAGGACACAGACCAGACUCGCCUUGUGCCCGGGGCAGCAGACAAUAUUGAGGACAUGCUGGAGUGGGCAGGCAUCCCGCCAGAUGAGAGCCCACGCCGGGGAGGCCCCGCAGGGCCCUACCUGCAGUCCCAGCGGCUUGAGCUGUACGCCCAGGCCACAGAAGCUCUGCUGAAGACUGGGGCCGCUUACCCCUGCUUCUGCUCUUCGCAGCGGCUGGAGCUGCUGAAGAAGGAGGCCCUGAGGCACCGCCAGGCACCCCGGUAUGACAAUCGGUGCCGGAACCUGAGCCAGGGGCAGGUAGCCCAGAAGCUGGCCAAGGACCCCAAGCCUGCUAUCCGCUUUCGUCUGGAGGAGGAGGCACCAGCCUUCCAGGACUUGGUAUAUGGCUGGAAUCGGCAUGAUGUGGCCAGUGUGGAGGGGGACCCAGUCAUCCUGAAGAGCGAUGGAUUCCCCACAUACCACCUGGCCUGCGUGGUGGAUGACCACCACAUGGGCAUCAGCCAUGUGCUGCGUGGCUCCGAGUGGCUGGUCUCCACUUCCAAGCACUUGCUGCUCUACCAAGCCCUGGGCUGGCCACCACCUCGCUUUGCCCACCUGCCCCUGCUCCUCAACAAGGAUGGCAGUAAGCUGUCCAAGAGGCAAGGGGACAUUUUCCUGGAGAGUUUUGCUGCUGCCGGCUUCCUGCCAGAUGCCUUGCUCGACAUCAUCACUAACUGUGGCUCGGGCUUCGCAGAAAACCAGAUGGGCAGGACCUUGCCAGAGCUGAUAGCACAGUUUGACCUGACCCGGAUCUCCUGCCACUCAGCCCUGCUGGACCUGGAGAAACUCCCGGAAUUUAAUAGGCUGCACCUUUGUAGGCUGGUGGGCAAUGAGACGCAGAGGCGCCAGCUGGUGGGGCAGCUGCAGGAGCUCGUGGAAGAGGCGUUUGGGAAUCAGCUGCCAGACAGGGCUGUCCUGGACCCAGCCUAUGUGGAGAGGAUCAUCCUGCUGAGACAGGGUCACAUUUGCCGUCUGCAGGAUUUGGUCUCCCCAGCACACUCCUACCUGUGGGCUCGCCCUGCCGUGGGUCGAGCACAACUGUGCGCCAUCUCGGAGAAGGUGGAUGUGAUUGCCAAGCACGUGCUGGGGCUUUUAGAAGGACCUGGUGCCAGCUUAACUCAAGACGUGCUGAAUGCAGAACUGAAGAAGCUGUCAGAAGGUCUGGCUGGCACCAAAUACAGUAACGUGAUGAAACUCCUCCGUGUGGCCCUCAGUGGACAGCUGCAAGGACCGCCUGUAGCGGAGAUGAUGGUGUCCUUGGGACCAAAGGAAGUGCGGGAACGAAUACAGAAGAUGCUUUCCAGUUGAUAGGAGAUGUGCCAGACAGUGGAGUUCUUCAGACCUGGUCCUUGGACUGAGAUCUUCACCUUGCCUCUUCUGCGUCUGUUUUUCAUAGCUACCUCCUCCUUGUACCCAUUACUUGAAAGUCACUGGAAUGAGAUAUUCUUGGGGUGAAGAGAAAUAGCUAAAGUAAAAGGAGGACAAUGCCUGGCUGCAGAGACCCCUGCAGGGCUGCUAGGUGUGCCCUGUGCAGCAGCCAGCCUGAGAGGGCCCCAGGUCAUUGCUCCCUCUCAGUGUUCACACCAAAUAAAGCUGAGUGGAGAUGCAUCGUGGCCUCCUUGGAUCCCUUACUCUGCAGGAAGCCACUUCCAUGUGAAGACACCCAGGCAGUCCUGUGGAGAAGCAUGUGUGACAAGGAACUGAGGCCUGCCAACAGCCAGGUUAGUGUGCCAUCUUGGAAGUCAGUCUUCCAGCUGAGCCAAGCCUUCUAAUGACCACAUCCUGGCUGACGUCUUGACUGCAACUUUCAUAAGAGAGCCUGAGCCAGAACCACUAAGUGAAGCUGCUCUCAAGUUUCAGACACACACAAAUUAUGAGAUAAUCAGUGUUCACUGCUUAAAACCACUAGGUUUUGCCCUAGCUGGAUGGCUCAGUUAAUUGGAGCUUCUUCCUGAUGCACCAGGUUUGCAGGUUCAGUCUCUGGUCUGGACACAUACAGGAAGCAACCAAUGCAUGCAUGGGUGGGAGGAGCAACAGAUUGAUGUCUCUCUCUCUCUCUCUCUCUCUUUCUCUCUCUCUCUGAAAUAAAUAAAGUUGCUAGGUUUGGGGUAGUUUAUUACCUAGCAGCUGAUAGCUCAUACCCUCUCCUUGUCCAUGGAAGAAGGGAAAGGGGAGUAAAGAAUUUGUUGAGCUUCGCAGAGACCUAGCCUUUUCUCUAGAAGUAGGUCAUAAAGUUCUUUGAAUGCAAACGAUGGACACCCAACUCUGCCUAACUGAAGUUUAUUGGAGACUUAAGUUUAUGGGAGUUUAAGUUGUGAGAGAGUCACAGAAUCUAUGCAAAGUCAAAGACCUAGGUCUGGUUGUGCAGGGGCAAGAGCCAGCGGCCAGUCAUGUCUUCAGUAGGACAUGGGGACCAA